CAAAGGGCCACUUUUUGGCUUGGAGCAAGCCAGGCUCCCCAUAGGUCUAGAAAACGCGCAACGAGCAGUCGGAGUGAGUGCUGCUGCUGCGCCCGAGAAGUUGAGACAUCAUCCAACGGUGAGCGAGCUGAGCGAGCACCAGUGCUGGAGCCACACUGAGUGCCACCGCAAAAACGAUGCCCUACCCGCCCCCACCGCCCGCGGAACCCACGAAAACAACGCCACCAAUAGCCUUCGUGCAACGAUUACGCAACCGCGCGGCCUGCCUCUGCUGCGCGCGCUGCGGCGCCUUCGCGGGAAAUGACGCGCUGGUCCAGUGCGCCGCACCGUCGAUACCACGAGACGGCGCGUCGCUCGCCGACGCACUGAAAGAAUUGAAGAUAAAGCACCGUUCUCAUGGUGUUGUCUUCUGCGGCUGCGGUGCUGUUUUUUGUUCAGAAGCAUGUCUCGACGACGACGAGGCGCACGCGCUGCACUGCUGCGGGCCGCGCGCCGAGGGAGAUCCGGUCGUGGCGUUCCGUGCAUCAAUCUGCGGGCUGCCCUACGCCGACGAGGUUUUGCUGGCCGUCGCGGUCGCGUGCGCGGCGGUCAAUGACUCAGAAAGCGAGGCGGCCGCGUGGGUCGAGUUCGCGCUCUCCGCGUUUGACGCGUCUUCGGAAGACAUCCCGUGGGCUAAAUUGAUCGAGGGCGUGCCCGCUUUGGAGUCUUUAGGUGUAGAGGGCCUGAAACGCGUGUACGGACGAGUGAGAGAAGAGGCCCUCUCAAUCACGCGCGAGAGCCCGCUCGUGGCGAGGUGCCGCGCCUGCACGGACGCCAAGGACCAAUCAAUUCUUGUAGAAUUCGCGCGGCAAGACGACUACGACGAGGACGAGUCGGAUGAGCCACCGGAGGACACGUCGCGCGCGGCCUUGGCGGUCGCGGCGGCCUUCGCCGACGAGACGAGCAGUAGUGAUGAGGAAGCAACCGAGGAGUCCUUCGCGAGCGUCGCGGCGGACGCGGAGGCGCGCUUCGAGCCGCUCGAAGUGCUUGUCUUGAGCGAGGCGCGGCCCCACGCCUGCGCGCCUACUUAUACAUUGAGUGCUAACUCAAAGUCGGCCCCCCUCACGUUACUGGAGAAGCGCGUCGCGCCGGGGCCCGCCACUUUAUCGAGGGUCGACACGGUUCUGGAACGGGAGGACCGCUUGGAAUGGCUCAAGAUGAAGGGCCUCGAGUGCGAUUGUUCAAGGUGCCGCUUCGAAAACGGCGAGAGCGUCUCCAGUACUUUGUUACGGGCCGUCGCGGCGUGCGCCGAGCGCGACGGGAGGUUCGAGGACGCUUUACGAGCGCACGGCGCCGUCCUCGCAGAGGACCCGAGUGAUGGCGACGCGUUGUAUGGGCGAGCUCGAGUGCACGGCUGGUCGGACAAGUGGGGGAUUGAACGACGGUUAUUGGAGGAAGCGAUCGCGCUCGCGCCCGACCAUCCUGAUAUAAGGAAAGCGGUAAACACCAGAGACGCGUACCACGCCGGGGCCUGUUCGUCUAGAACCUUUGGAUUUGAGACCAUCUCCCGUGGAGGCGUGAGCGUGUGGUCCUCGAAUAGCGUCGUCUCUUCAGAAGCGUGCGCGACGGCGAUCGAGCUCGCCGAGGCCCACGCUUCUGCCACAGAUGGCUGGACGACGGCGAGGCACUUCGCGGUCCCGACGACGGACCUACCGGUCCACGCAUCUCCCGAUCUCCUGAAGUGGUUCAACGCUUGUCUGAAAGAUGCCAUCUUCCCGGCGGUCGCUCAAGUGACCGGGGCUUCUUCGGAAAAGCUAAGGGUCAUCGACGCGUUUGUCGUCCGUUACGACGCGAGCAAACAGAAAGCAUUACCGCUCCAUAGCGACCAGUCGGAGUAUUCCAUUACAUUACCAUUGAACGAUCGGUCGCAAUACGAGGGCGGCGGCACGUAUUUUGCUGCCUUAGAUGAAGCGGUGAACUGCGACACCGGCGGAUUGGUCGUCUUCCCCGGCGCGCUGUACCACGCCGGCGCGCCUACCACCAAAGGUCGAAGGUACGUCAUUGUCGCAUUUUUAUUUGAGGAUAGAGAUCAGGAUGAACUGGAGAGGCGAUUGGACGGCGCGGACCGAAAGCUGGAUGGAGGCGCUGGGUUCGCGGACGAUAGCGAGGACGACCUCAGUCGAUUGUUAGCGAACAUGAACGACCAAUAAUUAUUUUUAACUUAU